AUGGAGUCGGUAAAACAAAGGAUUUUGACCCCUGGCAAGGAGGGAUUGAAAAAUUUUGCCGGAAAAUCUCUUGGUCAACUCUACAGAGUCCUAGAGAAGAGGCAGAAGCCCGGGGACACCAUCGAAUUGACGGAAGAUGGGAAGCCCAUGGAAAUGCCCGAGAAGAAAGCCCCGCUUUGCGACUGUACCUGCUUCGGGCUGCCCCGGAGGUACAUCAUUGCCAUCAUGAGUGGACUGGGAUUCUGCAUUUCCUUCGGGAUCCGAUGUAACUUGGGAGUGGCCAUCGUGGACAUGGUCAAUAACAGCACCAUACACCGAGGAGGAAAAAUUAUUAAAGAGAAAGCGAAGUUUAACUGGGAUCCUGAGACGGUUGGCAUGAUCCACGGCUCGUUUUUCUGGGGCUACAUUAUCACCCAGAUCCCCGGAGGGUAUAUCUCGUCCCGACUGGCAGCCAACAGAGUAUUUGGUGCUGCCAUACUGCUGACAUCCUCCCUCAACAUGUUGAUACCAUCUGCAGCCAGGGUGCAUUACGGGUGUGUCAUCUUUGUCAGGAUCCUGCAGGGCCUUGUAGAGGGGGUCACCUACCCUGCCUGCCAUGGGAUUUGGAGCAAGUGGGCCCCCCCAUUAGAAAGAAGUAGGUUAGCAACCACUUCCUUUUGUGGUUCCUAUGCAGGAGCUGUUAUUGCAAUGCCUUUAGCUGGGAUUCUAGUGCAAUAUACGGGGUGGUCUUCGGUGUUCUAUGUGUAUGGGAGCUUUGGUAUAGUCUGGUACAUGUUUUGGCUUUUGGUUUCGUAUGAGAGUCCUGCAAAGCAUCCUACAAUCACAGAUGAAGAAAGGCGAUACAUAGAAGAAAGCAUUGGAGAGAGUGCCAACCUACUAGGUGCAAUGGAAAAAUACAAAACUCCAUGGAGAAAGUUUUUUACAUCUAUGCCAGUCUAUGCAAUAAUUGUUGCAAACUUCUGUAGAAGCUGGACUUUCUACUUGUUACUUAUUAGUCAGCCUGCUUACUUUGAGGAAGUAUUCGGAUUUGAAAUAAGCAAGGUGGGUAUCUUAUCUGCUGUGCCACAUCUAGUGAUGACAAUUAUUGUUCCUAUUGGGGGACAAAUUGCCGACUUCUUAAGAAGCAAACAAAUUCUUUCCACCACCACUGUGAGAAAGAUAAUGAACUGCGGAGGUUUUGGUAUGGAAGCAACUCUUCUUCUUGUGGUGGGAUAUUCUCACAGUAAAGGAGUGGCUAUUUCAUUCCUAGUGCUUGCUGUAGGCUUUAGCGGAUUUGCCAUAUCAGGAUUCAAUGUCAACCAUUUAGACAUUGCCCCAAGGUAUGCCAGCAUAUUAAUGGGGAUUUCUAAUGGAGUCGGGACCUUGUCUGGAAUGGUAUGCCCUAUAAUCGUGGGAGCAAUGACAAAGAACAAGACACGUGAAGAGUGGCAGUAUGUCUUCCUCAUUGCUGCUUUAGUUCAUUAUGGAGGUGUUAUAUUCUAUGGCAUAUUUGCUUCAGGAGAGAAACAACCCUGGGCAGACCCUGAGCAGACAAGCGAAGAGAAAUGUGGCUUCAUUCAUGAAGAUGAACUAGCUGAAGAGACAGGGGACAUUACUCAAAAUUAUGUAAAUUAUGGUACCACCAAGUCGUAUGGUGCUACAACCCAGGUCAACGGUGGCUGGCCUAAUGGUUGGGAGAAAAAAGAGGAAUUUGUACAACAGGAAGUACAAGACUCAUACAACUACAAGGAAGGAGAUUAUUCAUAA